UACGCUCGGUAGCUACUUGCAGUACAGACUCGCGCAGAGGACCGAGCAUCCCGCAAUUCACGCGCACAGCAUUUCAAUCCGGACCCGCAGGACUCGAGGCGCAGCUGUUCUCUGCUACUGUGCGGGUUCCACGACGACCCAUGAGAACUUUCAUUUGACUUCAUCGUUUCAUUUUAUUUUUUUUAUUUUCAUUCAUUAAUUAUUCUUAUUUUUUUGUUUCAUCCAAUAGGCUGCAAUUAAUUAAUUCUUGCUCAUCUUUUCCAAACUGCCUCAUUCGUUUUUUGGGAACUCCAGUGGUUUUUCCCCUCAUUUGCCUGCCUGACCGGAAUACCUCGCAUUUGGAAUUGGUAACGUUACCUGCUUGCCUUUUUAUCCACACCGGGGGGAUUAACUUCCAUGUCUCCACGGACAUCCAGCACUUCGGCGGCGACGACACGGGUCGCCUUCCUGUGAGGAAUGUACGUGCUCCCCACGGCCGGUUGAUCGGAGUGUGCUCCACUCAGUCGUAGCUAUAUUUUACCGAAUGAUAAACUGCCUGCUGUCCGCGGUGCUGCUCUCUCUUUUAACUCAAGCAGGACUAAUAGAGGAGUAGCUCUUCCCAUCGGGAUGGUUCACUUCUAACCGGGCUCCUAUUCAGCAUUUUUUUUUUUUUAACUUUUUCCUGGAACGGGGGAUAUUGAGUUUGGAUUGUCACAAGCAGCACUCCAACAAGACGCUUUCUAUCUUUUUUUCUUAUUAGAAAUUCCCGCGAAACGGAAUCUGACCGUAACGGUCGUAACGGACCAUGGGCGACUCUCUGUGGAGAUAUUACUUUGGCGUUUUAGUUAUCGCGUGCAAGGUGAACCUGUCCCGCGCGCUCAUCCUGGACUCCAUAUACUGGAACACGACGAAUACCAAGUUCGUGCCAGGACAGGGUCUGGUGCUGUAUCCACAGAUCGGGGAUAAGAUGGACAUAGUUUGCCCACGCGUGGAGGGCGGCUCUACGGAAGGAGUGGAGUAUUAUAAACUCUAUAUGGUUCCUCUGGAACAACUAAAGUCCUGUCAGGUCACAAAGGCAGACACGCCUCUACUCAACUGCGUCAAACCGGACCAGGACGUCAAAUUCACCCUCAAAUUCCAGGAGUUCAGCCCAAACCUUUGGGGCCUGGAGUUCUUUAGGGGGAAAGACUACUACAUUAUAUCUACAUCUAAUGGAACGAUGGAAGGACUGGAUAAUCAGGAAGGAGGGGUGUGUAAAACCAAGUCGAUGAAAAUCAUCAUGAAGGUUGGACAAAACCCCUCCGAUCCCUUUUCCCCCAAAGAAUACCCCACCAGUUACCCUCCCAAACACCCCGAUGCAGGGGGCAAGGAGACCAAAUCGAAUGAAGUACUUGACAAGCCCGAUGCAUCUCAACAAGGAGAAGAGAAGGGAGAUGGAAAUAAAUCAUCCUCAGUCAUCGGCUCAGAGGUUGCCCUGUUCGCCUGCAUCGCCUCAGCCAGCGUCAUUGUCAUCAUCAUCAUCAUCAUGCUAGUAUUCCUCCUGCUGAAGUAUCGACGACGCCAUCGCAAACACUCGCCUCAGCACGCCACCACGCUGUCACUCAGUACAUUAGCCACGCCCAAGAGGGGCGGCAGCGGAGGCAACAACAACGGCUCGGAGCCGAGUGACAUCAUCAUCCCGCUGCGGACUGCUGACAGCGUCUUCUGCCCGCAUUACGAGAAAGUGAGUGGCGAUUAUGGACACCCCGUUUACAUCGUACAGGAAAUGCCGCCUCAAAGCCCAGCAAACAUCUAUUAUAAAGUGUGAAAAUGGACACGCUUCCUUCGGACGUUUUAACUCUAACCCCCCCACAUGCCCCUCGAUGAACCCCCCGUGGGCGGAAUCGACACCUGAGCUCACCCUCUUCCUGCCCCCUCUUAUUUUUUUGUUGUUCUUGUUUAUUUUACAAUAUUGCUGAUUAUUACUCUCAGUAUAGAUGUUGCUGAUGGUGGAGUGACCCUCCUGAUUCGCUGCUCUUGCACCUGCAAAAAUGAAACAAACAA